UUGUGGGUGAAGGGGAUUUCUCCUUCUCUGCCAGUUUGGCUGUGGCUUUUGCCUCUGCUUCCAACUUGACUGCAACUUCCCUCCAUUCUAAAAAGGUUUUGAGGAAAGAUUAUGAGAAAGCUGUUUACAACAUUGAAGAGGUAAAAGGAAAGGGAGGCAAGGUGAUGUAUGGUGUGGAUGCUACUACCAUGGCAUCUCAUCCCACCUUGAAGAGCUUGGCAUUUGAUAGAAUACUUUUCAAUUUUCCAUAUGCUCUCAUUCCCAAGAAUGGCAAAGAUCAACUUUGGAGACAUCAAUCUCUUGUAAGAGGGUAUCUGAAAACUGCCAAGGAGAUGAUCUGUGAAAAUGGUGAGGUCCAUAUCACUCAAAGGACAGAUGGAGGCUUUGAUGCUUGGAGAAUAGAGUUUAUUGCAUCUCAGCUGGGGCUUGAGCUUGAAGAAGCUGUUGAUUUUAAGAUUUGUGAUUAUCCAGGCUACACUCCCAAAUGGGGAAUGGGAAAUGAAGAUGGGCACUUUCCUAGUAAAACUUAUAAGUUUCGACUUCCUCAUCCACAUAGCAAUAUCUCACAAUGUAGGGAAGUUGCAGCCACUUAUAGGUCUACUGACACUGCAAUAGUUUGGACUGCACCUUUAGAGUUGGGUGUUGAAAAUGGGAUUACUAUACACGACGAAGACUAUGAGGUUUCGACAAAUUUGUUAGAGGCGAUUGGGUUGGAGCAGAAAGAAAACACUUCUCGUUCAAGCAAUUAUUGUGCCAAUCAUAAUUUGGAGCAGUGUGAAAUGGGGCAAGAGAUGGAUGGUGGCGUUGUAGCCGAAGAGAAAUGGGUAAAUCACUAUAGUAGCUCCCACAAAAUGCUGCUAGUGGGCGAAGGAGACUUCUCGUUCUCUACCAGUUUAGCCACUGCCUUUGGCUCUGCUCAUAACAUGAUUGCCACUUCUCUUGACUCUGAAAAAUUUGCGAGUGAAAACUAUAGCGAAGCGAUUUCCAACAUGGAAGAGUUGAAAAGAACAGGAUGCAUGAUGAUCUUUGGUGUUGAUGCUACUCGCAUGGCACACCAUCCCAGCUUGAUUGGAUUGGUGUUUGAUCGCAUCAUUUUCAAUUUUCCAUAUGCUGUCAUUUCAAAGAACGAUUCACGUCAAGACAUACUAUGGCGACAUCAAUCCCUUGUAAGAAGGUUUCUGAGAACUGCCAAACAGAUGAUUCAUGAAAACAGUGAAGUUCAUAUCACUCACCGGACUGAUGGAUUCUACAGCUCAUGGAGAAUAAAGUUUAUUGCUAAUCAGCUGGGGCUUGAACUUAUAGAAGCUGUUGAUUUCAACAUUAGUGAUUAUCCAGGUUACAACGCCAAAUCGGGAACUGGAAGUGAUGCUAAUUUUGAGUGGUGUCCGAGUAAAACUUACAAGUUUCGACAUCCCCAUCCAGAAUCAGCCAGCUGUAGUGCAGAUCCAGAAAUGAUCUUGAAUCUUUCUGAGCAUUCUGAGGAAUCUUGGUCUGAAGAAAGUGAGACGGUUGAGUUGGAUCAAGAAAACAUUAGUUCUCCUACUUCAAGCUAUUUCCCUAACCAUUAUUUGCAAGAAGAAAAGUGGGCAAAACACUAUAGUAGCUGCCACGAGAUUCUGCUAGUGGGAGAAGGAGACUUCUCCUUCUCUGCCAGCUUAGCUGCAGCCUUUGGCUCUGCUGCUAACAUGACUGCCACAUCUCUCGACUCCGAGGAGUUUCUGAAAUCAAAUUAUUGCUUAGCUACUGUCCACCUUAAAGAGUUGAAAAGAAGGGGCUGCAAGGUGAUUCAUGGUGUAGAUGCUACUUCCAUGGCAAACCAUCCCUACCUGAUUGGCUCCACAUUCGACCGUAUAAUCUUCAACUUUCCACAUUCUGGGAUUUUCAAGAGCCAAGGGCACCGCCGCAUAUCUCAGAUUCGUCAUCAAGCGCUUGUGCGGGAGUUUCUGGGAAAUGCCAAGCAACUGUUAGGCGAAAACGGCGAAAUCCACAUCACUCACAAGUCAAAUGGAUUCCAUCUGCAAUGGAAUAUAGUUUCGCUUGCAAUCGAGCAGGGGCUUGAGCUUGCAGAUUCUGUUGAUUUUGAUGUGAGUGACUAUCCAGGUUAUAGCAACAAGUAUGGAUUUGGAGGUGACAGGACCUUUGAUUUCCUUCCUAGUAAGUCUUACAUGUUCAGACAUCCUGGUACACUGCAUAUACCCUGGGAUUGCUGAUUAUCCAAAGCCAUCCUGCAAAUCUGCAAUUGAGAACAUGUAAGAAAAUUGUUUAAA